GCUCCCUGUUAUAAAAUGGCGUACUUCAGGUCAGUGAGCAGUCGGGUUUCGUUCUCGGAGGCGGUUCAGGCCUGUGACACCGACCAGGGGGCGCUACUGAGCAUCGAGUCCCAGGACGAGCAGACGACCAUCGAGAGGCUGCUGCAGGAGCUCCGGUCUGGAGCCGACUCGGACUUGGGGAUCACAGACGGGGACUUUUGGAUCGGUCUGAGCCGGACCGAGACCUGGGACCAGAACCAGACCCAGACCUGCCCCGAGCUCUACCACUGGACCGACGGCAGCAGCGCCACCUACAGACAGUGGUACUUCGACGAGCCGUCGUGCGGCGGCGAGGCCUGCGUGGUCAUGUACCAUCAGCCCAGUGCACUUCCUGGAGUGGGCGGGGCUUAUCUCCACCAAUGGAACGACGAUCGAUGUAACAUGAAACACAACUUCAUCUGCAAGUACUCCCCAGACUCGACUUCAGAGAAAGAAAAAGAGGCUCCGCCCCAAACGCAACAAACAGACUCAGUAAAUCUCGCUCUAAAACUCCGGUCGACCAGUCGAACCUGUGGAUUUCCUCGUCUCCUAAAGCGCACGUCUGAGCCUCCUACCUCCUACGUCCUAUCUCCUGCGUCCUAUCUCCUACCUCCUGCGUCCUACCUCCUGUCUCCUGUGUCCUCCUGGGCUGCACAGACCUGA